AUGAUAAAUUGUAGGCCCAUUAUGAUUUCUACUCGAUACAAGCAACCGGGAACUCUACAAUCGCUAUCUCUAACUCGUCUUGGAACCUGGAUAGCCCUUCAAGCUGAACUUCAGUUGAAUCCAACAGCGGUACUUGCCCAAACGAAUCCAAAAGAAGCUCAAGCGACUUUAGCGAAUAAAGUUAGCAUAAUUCGUAAUUAUUUGGAAAUUCAUAUCCCGUGGAUGCUUCACGAUGGACUUGCACGCGAAGCUAUUGGUGCAUUGUCUGAUCUAUUAGAAGUCACAAAAAAAUCGCAAGGUUUUAGAAUAUCCAUGUCCAAAUUUGUUGGACAAAUGAAUGUUAUUGUUAAAAUGACGGAGGUGUUGUUUACCAAAUAUUAUACCUAUGUUUCUAUUGAUGCAGUACCAAAAAUGAUGCGCCCAGUGUUUUAUUCCAAGUUAUAUAUGCUAACGGGUCUCGUAUAUUUAAACCUGGGCUCAUUAUCGGGCGGCUGGAAAACGGCUGAAAUGGAAAGCUCAAUAGUUAGGUCGCUAAAAGAGUUACACGUUCUGAAGUUUCUUUUUAUAAAUUAUGAUUGUACAGAUAAAGUUUUGAAGUGUAUCGUGGAACACUGUACAAACCUUAUAAAAUUAGACGUUUCGUGUUCAAAAUGCAUUAGGAACGAAAGUAUAGAGAUAAUAACAAAAUUAAAAAGAUUAAAGAGUAUCCAACUAUACCACACCUUUGUUACUUGGGAAGGUUUUGUUAAUUUGCUGAUACAUUGCAAGAGUUUAGAAGAUAUAGGCAGAUGUGACGAAAUCGGGCGCGUUUUAGAGUUCAUCCAUCUCAAUUGUCCGGAAGCUUUACCACUAAACUUGACAAUAUUUGUCAGCCGUUAUGCUAACAGCAAACAUCUACAACUAGCUGUUGAAGCAUGUCCUAAUAUUCGUAAUAUGACAGUUUUUCAUAACACUUUGCAAAGCGAUUUGCAACAUUUAAACCUGCUCUGUUCCCUAGUGAUGUCCCUAAGUUAA